AUGGGGAUUCAUUCUUCUGAUGACCAAGUUCCAGUUCCUGCUCUCUUGGAAGGCCCUACGACCCUGGGCCGCCAGCAGGUGCCAGCAGACCCUUCUCGGUACCGAUUCUGUGACUCGAUGCUAGUUUCGGCACCUCAAUUCCCUUUCUACAAUCCUCUCGAUGACUCAGUACUAGCUUCGGCAGCUUCUCAAUUUCCGGUCUAUGGUCCUCUCGAUGAUUCAGCACUAGCCUCAGCAGCUUCUCGAUUUCCGGUCUAUGAUCCUCUCGAUGAUUCAGCACUAGCCUCAGCAGCUUCUCGAUUUCCGGUCUAUGAUCCUCUCGAUGAUUCAGCACUAGCCUCAGCAGCUUCUCGAUUUCCGGUCUAUGAUCCUCUCGAUGAUUCAGCACUAGCCUCAGCAGCUUCUCGAUUUCCGGUCUAUGAUCCUCUCGAUGAUUCAGCACUAGCCUCAGCAGCUUCUCGAUUUCCGGUCUAUGAUCCUCUCGAUGAUUCAGCACUAGCCUCAGCAGCUUCUCGAUUUCCGGUCUAUGGUCCUCUCGAUGAUUCAGCACUAGCCUCAGCAGCUUCUCGAUUUCCGGUCUAUGAUCCUCUCGAUGAUUCAGCACUAGCCUCAGCAGCUUCUCGAUUUCCGGUCUAUGAUCCUCUCGAUGAUUCAGCACUAGCCUCAGCAGCUUCUCGAUUUCCGGUCUAUGAUCCUCUCGAUGAUUCAGCACUAGCCUCAGCAGCUUCUCGAUUUCCGGUCUAUGAUCCUCUCGAUGAUUCAGCACUAGCCUCAGCAGCUUCUCGAUUUCCGGUCUAUGAUCCUCUCGAUGAUUCAGCACUAGCCUCAGCAGCUUCUCGAUUUCCGGUCUAUGAUCCUCUCGAUGAUUCAGCACUAGCCUCAGCAGCUUCUCAAUUUCCAGUCUAUGAUCCUCUCAAUGAUUCAGCACUAGCUUCGGCGCCUCAGUAUCGCGGUUAUGAUCUCCCUUUCCUAGAAUCAUCACAAGCCCUAGGCUGUUUUCGCACCGCCAACCCCGCCCCGAGUUUCCAUACUCUCGGAGUCACGAAACCACGAUCCCCUUGA